UAGACGGAGAUAGACAGAACAGGGACAGGGAGAGGACUCAAGAGAGACAGAUGAAUGGAAAAAAGUGUCAGAGUUUGUACAUUUGAAGAUGAGCAGACUGCUGUUCUCUUUGGGAAGGGACUGUAGGAAUAUUGUGAAAAUAUUGCCUGCAGGUCAUAUCUCAAGACGCUGCUGAUUCACACACCUUAGGUUCAUUUUCCAACAGCCCAGAUCAUCUCAGGUCUUGAACCGUGCAGCUUCUUGGAGAGUUUAAGCUCAUCAGUGGGUCCUGGAACUCUGUGAAAACUUUUUCUGUCAUACCACGAUGAACAGACCAUGCAUGGAACACGGCAACAGUGCAGAGGACACCUGUAUCUCCACACAAGGAUGUGCAAAGGAUGUAAGAACCCAGGAUUUGGUCAUGUAUGAAAUUCCCCUUCAGAACAAAAGGGACAGACUGCCUUUUCAGAUCUUUCCAGAUCCAGCCGAGGUGGUGCUGGGUCCAGAGGGAACUUUGGGAUGUGUGUCGCAGGGGAAGCAGCGUCUGCCCUCCAUCGUGGUGGAGCCAACGGACAUCAGCGAAGUGGAGAGUGGCGAGUUGCGUUGGCCUCCUGAGCAUGAAGACUCUGAGGACGAGGACCUGUUUUUAGAGCAGUGCAUCCCACCAGCUAACAUUGCUGACUGGGGGGAGGAAGAUGAAGAUGAGUCCAUCAUCAUAAGCAAUCAGUCAAGCACCUCGCUGUUGGAGCUUCAAUCAGAUGAGUUCAGAGAUGACACCCCGACACUUCUUCCUGAAAAUGCGCCUGCAGUAAACUGAACAACCGCAUCACAGUCCAGCCCAUGGCACUGUCCGCGAUGAAGAGAGUGUCUUUGGUCCAGUUAAAGGACUUUUUCUUGAGUAUUUGAAUGCUGGACUCAAUAUGUACCAUACUAUGCAUUGAACACUGUUGUUUUCAGUCUUCAGCGUUGCAUUCUUAGGAACUAGGAACCAAUGCAGGAUUACGAAACCUUCAGUGACACCAUUCAGUUUGUUAGAAAUGUCAGUAAAAUUUAUGUUCUGUUGCAAUUUCUUUUUUUAACCUGCUCUGUUUUAGCAACUCUCAUUGUUUUGAACAUUAGCGUGCAUUAACUGUUCCUCUUUCACUGACCUUUUUAUCUGACACAUUAAAACACUUAGCUAGUAAAUUGUCUUAGUAAAUAUGAUAUAAAUAACUUGCUUUUUGUCCCAGAUAGUAGCAAAAGUAUGGUAAAAUAACUGUCACAAAAAGAGCACAAGUGUAGAAUUCAAUUAAGAGGGAGCUCAAUCAUGCUAAUGGUAGCUAGCUAGGAAUUAUUUACUAGCUGUUUUGUUUCAUUAAAUUAUACACAAUCUAUAACUGUUUAUAUAAUACUGACAAAUUAAAACUCUUUAACCUCU